CGUCAGCGUCCUCGCCAGUAAGAAGUUCCUCCCCGUCGUGUCCGCACCACGAGGAACUCCCAAGCGCUCGCCAUGAGAGGAACCGCCGCUGCCCUGUGCCUCCUGGCCGUGCUCGCGACUCGAGCCUCCGGCGCCACCGCUGCCCCCCAGUGCCCCGCCGACUUCACCCCGCUCGACGGCCGCUGCGUGCACAUCUACACGGAAAACUACGCAGGCAACGCCCCGCCCAUGACCUGGCCAUCGGCGAGGACCCUCUGCGCUGACAUGGCCCCGGACGGCUGGUCCACUGAGCUGGCCGCCGUGGACGUGGACUUCCUCGCUAAGUUCACCGCGCACAUCGUCAGCGAGAUUCCAGGCAUGAGUGGAUACAUCUUCUGGACGGGCGGGAGCAAAGUCAACGGCGUGUGGCAGUGGCCGGAUGCCUCGCCAAUUGACACCUUGGAAUAUUUCUGGUACAUGUCUUCUCCCAAGCCCGAUUCGAUGGGCGUGUAUGGGAUGCUCGUGCCCUCCGGCGCCUACAACCGCUUCUACUUGCUGGAGUAUGAAGAGGACUAUGUCGGUCCCUCCUUCCUCUGUGAGGCUAAGGCCCUGGCAGCAUGAGCUUCGCUAGGGAGUCUGAGUGUCAUUUGAGAGCCUGCCGGGCUUCUCAAAGGAUAAGAGGAAGAGAAAGGAGCGACCCUCUGCGGUUGCGAUUUUGGUUAAGAAAACAAAACAAGAAAAUAAUGGACAUUCUUACAAGCUUCCACUGUGAAUAACUUCUUUUACUUUCUGUAAUUAUUCUAAAUCUGCUUGCAGUGGUUAUUAAUUACAAAUAAAGAAUAUAUAUAAAAACACCAGAAA